CGAACCCGAUUCGUCUCCAGCUAAACGACGUCGUUUCAUCGACACUAGGGUUUUUCUCCUCCAUCUUCAAUCUCCCAUCUUCCAUCUUCCAUCUUCGACUCUGUGGAGGAGAGGGAAGAGGAUAGAAGAGAAGAGAGAGAAGACACCCCAGAUGAGAGAUUCCAACACGGAUCUGUUCGACCCGAGAACGGCCAUGGACUCCGAUUCCUCACCGGGAUCCACACCCACGGUUUCGUCUUGCGAUUUCGGAUUCGCCUUCAAUGACAGUAACUUCUCCGAUCGGGUUCUGCGGAUCGAGAUCAUGGCGGGGUCGCAGGAUUCGAGGUCUGAAGGUGAGGGAUGCACGAGCAUCGCUGAUUGGGCUAGGCACCGUAAGAGGAGGAGAGAAGAUAUCAAGAAGGAGAACGGUGCAGAUAUUGUUGCUUGUCCUGAGGAACAGAUUUUAAAUUGUAACCAGCCUGACGUGGAUGAUGUUGUGGCCUGUGAAAAUGAAGACGAGGAAGUAGUUGCGAUGAUUGAAGAAUCUGCAUCAGGUGAUGAAGCUGAAGUUGGCAAUAAUUCAGCCUGGAACAUGGAUUGUUCUACAGUUGUGAGAAUUAAAACUCUACACAUUAGCUCUCCUAUUUUAGCUGCAAAAAGUCCAUUUUUCUAUAAGCUCUUCUCAAAUGGGAUGAGGGAGUCAGAGCAGAGGCAUGUAACUUUACGAAUUAACGCCUCUGAGGAAGCUGCUCUCAUGGAGCUCUUGAAUUUCAUGUAUAGCAAUACCCUAUCCACUAGUACAGCUCCUGGUUUGCUGGAUGUGCUGAUGGCUGCUGAUAAAUUUGAGGUUGCUUCAUGUAUGAGGCACUGCAGCAGACUCUUAAGGAACUUACCCAUGACACCUGAAUCUGCAUUGCUCUAUCUAGAGCUUCCUUCUAGUGUCUUAAUGGCCGAGGCAGUUCAGCCUUUAACAGAUGCAGCCAAGCAGUACCUUGCUGGUCGUUACAAGGAUAUAACCAAGUUUCAAGAAGAGGUGAUGGCCUUGCCCCUUGCUGGGAUUGAAGCAGUUUUGUCCAGUGAUGAUCUCCAGGUUGCAUCAGAGGAUGCAGUGUAUGAUUUUGUGUUGAAGUGGGCCAGGGCUCAGUACCCAAAAUUGGAGGAGCGGCGUGAAAUCCUUGGUACACGCCUGGGCCGCUUCAUCCGCUUCCCCUAUAUGACCUGCAGGAAGCUUAAGAAGGUUCUAACCUGCAAUGACUUUGAUCACGACCUUGCAUCCAAGGCUGUGCUGGAGGCUCUAUUUUUCAAGGCCGAGGCCCCUCAUCGGCAGCGAAGCCUGGCUGCAGAGGACUCCGCCCUCACCAACCGUCGCUUCGUGGAGCGGGCCUACAAGUAUCGUCCAGUCAAGGUUGUGGAGUUUGAACUUCCUCGACAGCAAUGUGUUGUUUACCUGGAUCUAAAGCGGGAGGAGUGCAUAAAUCUAUUCCCAUCCGGACGGGUAUAUUCUCAGGCAUUCCACUUGGGGGGACAAGGCUUCUUCCUCUCAGCACACUGCAACAUGGACCAGCAGAGCUCUAUCCAUUGCUUUGGCCUGUUUCUGGGAAUGCAAGAAAAGGGUUCAGUGACUUUCGCCGUAGACUACGAGUUUGCAGCAAGGUCAAAACCAACAGAGGAGUACAUCAGCAAAUACAAAGGAAACUACACAUUCACAGGAGGCAAGGCAGUUGGGUACCGAAACUUAUUUGCCAUACCAUGGACCUCCUUUGUGGCUGAAGACAGUCUAUACUUCAUCAACGGUAUCCUCCAUCUCAGGGCCGAGCUUACCAUCAGACACUAAUACACAUCCCCCCUGAAUCUCUGCCCUCAAAGCAUUUCAGGCUGAGCUCCCCUUUUCUGCCCUUGGCUUGAUUGAAGUGGUAGUGGUUGUAUCAUAUAAGAUGUUGCUUCUGUUCCAGGCCUAAACCUAGGUCCAGGAUGGAUAUGGAGGAAAGUGUAAAUGGGAGAGGAGAGGAGAGAAGGGAGAGUAGUGGAGUGCCAGAGGGGGAGGAGUUGGGGUUGUGUUAGGGACUUAGGGGUGAGUGAUGGUUUUGUGUUUUGUUGUUGGGUGGUGGUUGUUGUUUCUGUUCUUCUGAACUGGUUCAGUUAAAAAAGAACUUAAUUUGAAAAUUAUACAAGUCAAUCUACUGCUCUCUCUUGCUUCUA